ACCCAGGUCUAAGAGAAACCCAAAAUCCAAUGUCUUUGAGAUCCACAAGACCACCACGAAUCAUCAGAACCUCCACUUCUUCACCCUCUUGCCUUCAAAUUCUCCAAUCGCUUACUUAGCUCCUCCUCUCUAACUCUCUCGCUUCCUCCUUUCUCUGUAACUCUUUCGCUUCCUCCUUUCAAUGGCACUGAACGCUUCUCCUGAGGCAACCCCACAGCAACCUCCAGUCCGUAGUCCUCUGCAACUUGGUGCAUGAGAGAAAAAUAAAAAAUAAUAUUUUGCGGGCCUUUUGGCUUUUACAGUACGCUUUUUUCUCAGAAUUGGGGAGAAUUAGAAAAAAGGGCAAAAAAAAAAAAAAGAAAGGAAGAAGAAGGAGAGGAUGGAGAAGAAAAGGGGGGUAAAAAGAGAAAGAAAUGAUUGGCUGCCAUCGCAUCAGAAGGCAUUUGAAGCGUAGAUAUCAUGAAGGAGGUUCUGUGAGAAAAAUUCAUUUUCCAGAUAAGCUUUUUAGACAUUGAUUUCCCUUACAUAUGUAUGAGGAAAUUGAGCACAUUUGAAUGGAAUUAGGGUUCUUUUGGGGAGCUGAAUCUGUGUUGGACUUGGUUUAUGACCUUUUCAAAUUGAAAAUGUUUUAGAAAAGUGAAAUUGGGGUAUUUUUGUUUGUGACUUUCAGCUGGAUUUGGGUUUGAAUUGAUUUGAAUAUUGGAGAAUUCUGCAAUUUAGAAAUAGGAUUUGGAUCCUUUGUUUAAUAUUCCGGCAAGUUUGGGUUUUGUAGGGCUCUGUUAUUGAAGAAAAAAAUUGGGUUUUUUCCUCUUUCUUCCGUUAACAGCUGAAGUUGUGGUUGAAGCUUUGGAAGUUGUGGUAGUUAGGUUUUGGAAAGGAAAAGAACGGUUUCUUCUUUGUUCAACUGUAUUUGAGUUUCGGAUUGGGUUCAAAUUCUGAAAGAUCCCGUAAUCAGUAAGGUAAUUAUUUAGUAGAAAUUGUCCAUUUUCUCUUCAGUUCAGCUGAAUCUGGCUUUGAGUGCGCCGAAUUGACAAAGUUGGGCCCGAAAAUAUAAUUAGCAUUUGUUUCCAGCUGAAUUUAGGGCUGUAUGGUUUUGGAGGGAUUUACAAUUGAAGAAAUUGGGUUUAUAGGAUAAACUAGUAGGUGGGUUUCUUUAGCUGACUGUUCAUUUAGAUUAGUUUGGAAGUUUCAGAAUUUUGCAAUUGAGAAGCUUUCUUUGAGAAGAAGCCCACCUUCCAGAACCAAAGUUCGAUUUGUAUUAUAUAACCUAUAGCCUUGUUUCAGUGUUCCACUUUAUCUUGGAAGAUUGAGAGGGCUAAAUCUUCUGUACCUUGAAUUGGGGUUUUCCUCUUUCGAUUCAGACAAAAGAAAGGGAAAGGAAAACUGCUUUGUCGUGAGUUAAUUGGGCCUGUUCUUACUGUUUUCUUGGUUGGAAGCAACAAAUAAAAGAAAUCUAGAUCUGUAAUUAAGGUGUUGUAGCUGUAUUACCAUGGGGAAGCCUAGUGGGAAGAAAAAGAACCACUCACAAUCAAAUUCUGGCAAUGCAUCGAUGAAGCAGAAUAAAGCAGGUGACCUCAACUCCAAAACCAUUGAUGUGGACAUGACUGUGUUUAUUUUAAGGUCCCAGGAGUUAAAAGAAGAAGGCAACAAGUUUUUCCAGAAGAGAGAAUACUUUGAAGCCAGGUCUAAGUACGAGCAUGCCCUAAAACUACUCCCUAAAGGGCAUAUAGAUUGUGCAUACCUUCACAGCAACAUAGCUGCCUGUUUCAUGCAGAUGAACCCUUCAGAGUACCAGAAGGCCAUUAAUGAAUGUUGUAUGGCUCUUGAAGUUUCCCCUAAAUACACCAAAGCAUUAUUGAAAAGGGCUAAAUGUUAUGAGGCUUUAACCAAGCUUGACUUGGCUCUCCGAGAUGUCAACACAGUGUUAAGCUUAGAGCCAAAGAAUCUAACUGCUCUAGAGAUUGCAGAGAGGCUAAAACAAGCUUUAGAGAAAAAAGGCUUUGCCCCAGACAAUAUAAGCGCAGAGAAUGUGGUAGAACCAGUUUCUCAACAAACUCAAGUUAAAAUUUCAAAAGAGAAUGUAAUAGAACCAGUUACCCAGCAACCCCAAGUUAAAGGUUCAAAAGAGAAGUCAAGGAAAAAGAAGAUCAGCAAGACUGAAGACAAGAUAAUUGUGGAGGAGAAAGAUAAAGCGAUUGUGGAGGAAAAUGUUAAAGUUGAACCUACCAAGGCAGUGAAGCUGGUUUUAGGAGAGGAUAUAAGAUGGGGCCAGUUACCAGUGAAUUGCAACAUUAGGCAGUUAAGAGAGAUAGUUCGAAAUCGUUUUCCUUGUUCUAAAGCAGUCUUAAUUAAAUAUAGGGAUGUUGAAGGAGACUUGGUGACGAUUACAACCACUGAAGAGCUCAGAUGGGCUGAGGAAUCUGCAGACUCUCAGGGCUCCUUGAGGUUGUAUAUAUUCGAUGUUGGUCCUGAUCAGGAGCCUUUAUUUGAGGAUGUGAAUAAUGAGACGGACUCACAAAAACCCAAGGAAGGCCCAAGAGAAAAUGGGGUCUUGGCCUCAGACAAGGCUCCUCAUAUUGAUGAUUGGAUUGUACAAUUUGCUAGGCUCUUCAAAAGUCAUGUGGGUUUUGAUUCUGAGGCUUAUUUGGAUCUCCAUGAGAUUGGUAUGAAGCUCUAUUCAGAAGCCAUGGAGGAUACUGUAACUAGUGAAGAAGCUCAAGGCUUGUUUGAAAUCGCAGCUGAGAAGUUCCAAGAAAUGGCGGCUCUUGCUUUGUUCAACUGGGGGAACGUCCAUAUGUCUAGAGCAAAGAGGAGAGUGUCUUAUGGAGAGAAUGUUCCAAGAGAGUUGGUCCUAUCACAGAUUAAAAAUGGCUAUGAAUGGGCUCAAAGAGAAUACAACCAGGCAGGAGAGAAAUAUGAGGAAGCUCUCAGGAUCAAACCAGACUUUUAUGAGGGGUUUCUUGCUCUUGGGCAACAACAGUUUGAGCAAGCCAAACUAGGAUGGGAUUUUGUUCUUGGUAGCCAUGUGGAUUUAGAGACUUGGCCUUCUUCAGAGGUCCUUCAGUUGUUCAACAAUGCUGAGGACAAUAUGGAGAGGGGCACGAAUAUGUGGGAGGAGAUGGAAGACAAGCGCUUGAAUGACCUAAAAAUUAAGGGGAAAACUGAAACACAAAAGACAGGAGAAAAUGGGGUCACAAAGGAACUAUCUCCUGAUGAAGCUGCUGAACUGGCUGCAAAUAUGAGGUCACAAAUCAACCUCUUAUGGGGUACUAUGCUUUAUGAGCGCUCUGUUAUAGAAUUUAAAUUGGGCUUACAAGUCUGGGACGAAUGUUUGGAAGCUGCUGUUGAGAAAUUCAAACAUGCCGGUGCUUCCCCAAUUGACAUAGCUGUCAUGAUAAAGAACCACCCUUCAAAUUCAACUGCUCUAGAAGGCUUGAAUUUCAAGAUUGAUGAGAUAGUUCAGGCAUGGAAUGAAAUGUAUGAUGCUAAAAGGUGGUUGAAGGGUGUUCCUUCGUUCAGGCUAGAGCCUUUAUUUCGUCGGAGGGUUCCAAAAUUGCAUCAUGUUUUGGAAGAUGUAUGAUUUGUUCAUUAUUUAUUCUGGUGUGAGAUAGAAUUCAAAGUUCCUAUUAGGCAAUUUUUGGGCGAUUGUGAGCCUUUAUUUUUAUUUAGAUUCAUUGUCUCGAAGCAGAAGAUGUAUAUUGCUUUAAUCAGUUCGGAUCAUGCCAUUUUGUCCCCCUUGCAAUCAGAUCAUGCCGUUUUAUCCUCCAUAGCUAUCUAAACUACUCGACACCCAUUUUUAUCUUGUUCUUUCUCGAACAACCAUCGAGUGCAUGUCAUUGCUCAAGAUGGUAAUAUAUACCAAUCCUUUAUUAUGAAGGAUUUUAAAUUAUAGACCACCUUCUUCAUGCAUGUCUGAUAUUUCAGAUUACUGAUAUGUAAGCUAUUCUAUACCCAUUUUUUUUCGUACUUCCCUGAAGUUGUCAUGAAGUCAAUAAGUGAAAGGAUAGUUGACUAUUAUUUCUCAAUUUACUAUGUAUGAUGCAGGCUUGAAUUUCAAGAUUGAUGAGAUAGUUCAGGCAUGGAAUGAAAUGUAUGAUGCUAAAAGGUGGUUGAAGGGUGUUCCUUCGUUCAGGCUAGAGCCUUUAUUUCGUCGGAGGGUUCCAAAAUUGCAUCAUGUUUUGGAAGAUGUAUGAUUUGUUCAUUUAUUUAUUCUGGUGUGAGAUAGAAAUCAAAGUUCCUAUUAGGCAAUUUUUCGGCGAUUGUGAGCCUUUAUUUUUAUUUAGAUUCGUUGUCUUGAAGCAGAAGAUGUAUCUUGCUUUAAACAGAUCUCUUUGUUGGUCUGUGACACUUCUUUGCCGUGAUGUUUUUCACAUAUGAUGCAUUCAUGAUGUCGAAUCUGUGGACAGAGGACGAAAGACGAAAAACCAGAUUAAAUAGAUCAAGAAAAGCACUUAUGGCAAGGAGAUUGAUAAGCCCACAAGAAACUAUUGUGAUCAAAAUAUAAUGAAACUUCCCAUUUUUUAUCCUAUCAAUUUAAAUUCAGGGGCCUGUUCAACAUAUUUACACAAGGAAAGUGAACCUGCGUGUGGAAUGCAUACCUUACUAGGUUUACAAACAGUUGGAACCCAGAUGCUUGGCUGCCCUAAUUUGUAAUUUCUGGUGUGGAACAUUUCAAAACUUGGUAGCAUCCAUUAUGAGGUGCAUUCUCCCACUUGGUAGCAUCCAUUUUAGCUUGUGUUUCGACAAUUUUCUGGAGAACACAAUAAUUCUAUGAUACAAUCAUAAAACAAUCAUAA